CAGGGCAGCCAGGGUCGCCUCUUCGCGUUAAAGGAAAGCACGGGAGCAUCUCUCAUGGAAGAAGGCUUCGGAAGGUUCGCACGAAGUGGUGGACAGCCCGUUGGUUGCGGUAACACGUCCACAAACAGUAUACUAUGCGGACUUCGUGGGUCCUAUUUUCGGUGUUCCUGUGGCUGUUCUGGAGAUUGUGGGACGACUUGGUGCCACUCCACGUUGCCGGAACUGUCCUCGGUUAUGCGUGGCUUGUCGGGACACUGUCCUACGUGCUGUCGUGCCUUUUGUGGAAGUACGCCUUUGUGACCAGGGUCAGCGGCGAUGGCAGGGCGGUGCUAAUCACCGGCUGCGACACUGGCUUCGGAUAUCGACUCGCCAAGAGGCUGUCGCGUGAUGGCUUUCUGGUGUUCGCCGGCUGCUUGAACUCGACGAGCGACGGAGCCGAGCAGCUCAAGACCUGCUCCAACAUCGAGGUAUUGCAGCUGGACGUGACAAAGCAAGAACAAGUGGACGACGCGUUGCACGUGGUCAAGAAACACCUGGGCGCCAGGGAGUUGUGGUCGGUUGUAGCCAACGCUGGAGUCCUGAGGAGCGGCCUUCUGGAGUGGCUGUCGACGGACACCAUCGUCGAUGUCUUCGAUGUCAACGUGUUCGGAGUUCUUCGCGUCACCAAAUGUUUCCUACCCCUUUUGAAGAAAAGCAAUGGCAGGGUCGUCACUGUGGCUAGUCCGCUAGGUCACUUCACGCUGCCCAUGAUGGCGUCCUACUGUAUGUCAAAACACGCCACCGUGUCCAUGAUGGACGCCUUGCGCCGGGAGUGCAUUGGCAAGGGCAUCGAUGUCGUCACCGUGGAGCCAUCAUCUUACAGGACAGCGAUAUUCGCAAUGAUCUCUACAAUGGACACCGUCAUGCGGGAGUUCGAGAGGCAGCCUGCAGAGGUCGUCGCCGACUACAGUCUUGAGGAGGCCCAGCAAUGGAUUUGGACGACAGCGGGCAUCUUCGACGCUGGCGUCAGGGAAGACCCCGAGGAAGCCGUCGACCUCAUCGAGAAGGCCGUCAGGGAGACCUACCCGAAAGCUCGGUACCGGUCCCCCUGGAGCCUCGGUCGACUCUAUGUGUCCUGCAUGUCCUCGCUACCCAGCGAGGCAGCCGACGUCAUCGUCCAGCUUACGCGGCAAGUUCAGCUCAGGACGAAAUGGAGGAAUGUUGCACGCUUUAAACUAUGAGAGAAGUAUACUUGGACCAUCGCCGACGAACGUGUACUGUUCAGCACUAAAGAUCAGAAUUUUGUUUAGCCUCGUGUAAUAUUUCUCGAGCAACUUGGCGAACAGAGUACACCUCGGCACGAGCGAGAUACGAACACACGUGUUGUCCAACUGUCGGCACUGCUUGUUGAACGAAAAACAGCUAGCACAUCUCAGAACUAUCGUGUAUAUUUCAUGAAUUUAAAUGUGUUUCUUAAUACGACAAAAAAUGUUUUUUAAGUGAAAGUAAAAAAUGCUCAAGUUGCCGAUUUCGACUUUUGUGCUGUAACCCCCACAACGUUGAGUUUAAAGGUUAUUCACGUAUUCGGGUUUCUUUGCGUCACAAGUGCUUCUCGAAACUCACUAUAGUCCUUUAAGAAGCAUCAUUCUUGCAUCAUUCGCGUUUUUUUUGUUGAUUUACCAACACUACACUCACGCUAAGAUUGACCUAUCUGUUACUCUAGGCGUAUUCUACUUGAGCGCCCCUUUAAUGUGUUUAAACGUCAAGUUGCUCCAACAUUAAUGAUGACACUCUAAGUGUAUUUUAUUUAGGCGGCCCUUUGUGCCUUUAAACCUCAAGAUGUUGAGACAUUUAUGGUUUAUCCUCCUUCUGUAUCUUCUUUUACGAAUAUUACCGCAAUAAAUGAAUAAAAUAUGACAGUGAUUUUGAUGUAUACACACACAAUGUUUUCACUGCACCACCUUCUUCCAAGUUUGAAGUAAAUAUCAUUGUGGAUGUCGUACGUCUUCGCCUGAAUACUUUCUUAUUCGGCAUUUAUUUAUU